AUGGCAAAGGUCUUGAAGGAGGAGGGCAAUACUCACUUCAAGGAAGGUGAAGUCGUUCUUGCUAGGGCUAAGUAUGACAGAGGACUAAAAUUUCUGUGUUUUGUUCUGCCACAAGAUGAAGAUGAUCGUGCUCUUCUAUGGAACCUUGCCAUAUCCCUUGAGUUAAACCUUGCAGCUUGCGCUCUAAAAGUUCGUGAUUACGAACACACUAAGGAGCUAUGCUUGUUAGUCAUUAUGCUUGAUGGUAACAAUCAUAAAGCCCUUUAUAGAAAGGCUUUAGCCGAAAUCAAGCUCAAUCAACUUGAAGAGGCCCAUAAAGACCUUGGCAAAGCAGCUAAGGCCGAGACUAAAAACCUGGACAUCCUUCGUGAGUUAAAGAAGGAAGAGGGGUUGAGAAGCAAAGUUAGCAACAUCAGGGGCAAAAGGGGCACUAAGAAUUCCAACUUGCUCGACACCAUCUUUAACAAAAAGGGAAAGAUUUAUGUUAGUCUAGAGUCUAACAGGCUGCCUAGUAGCGACGUUCAGAGUGAUGUUACGACUUUACCCAUCAUGGCACUAAUCAGAUGA